UCAAAAUGAUCCAGUACGAAAAGUUCAACAACGAGUAUACCGAUCAGAUCGAUUGCCCCGGAACUGAGAAACAUUACCGACUGACAAGCUCCGGGGAUUCGUCCAGCGUCGAUUGGUGCAUUAUGAUUGAACCUUACUUACCACUGAUCGAUCAAAUAAAGAGCAUGCCGGUCUACCAGGAUGAUGUAUGGGUCAUCACUUUUCCCAAGUGUGGUACCACGUGGACGCAGGAAAUGGUUUGGUUGCUGAACAACGAUCUCAACUAUGAUCGUGCGUCCAAGGAAACGCUCGAAGAACGUUUUCCCUUUCUCGAAUUAACCGGCGCCCUCACUCUAAUCGGUGGCGAUUCCGUGGAGAAGGUGCGUGAUCUCAAGCGUCCGCGGCAUAUCAAAUCGCACCUUCCCUUUAUGCUACUGCCGGAAGCGAUCCAUACGGUGCGCCCAAAGGUGAUUUACGUUUCACGUAACCCCAAGGAUGCGGCCACUUCCUUCUUCCACCAUUAUCGUAACAUUGUCGGGUUCGAUGGAGCGCGGGAACAGUUCUUCGAUGCCUUUCUCAACGAAAGCCACAUUUACGCACCAUUCAGUGGCCAUGUGCGUCGCUACUGGGAAUGGGGCCAAAACCCCACCGCCAACUGUCUCUUCCUCACCUACGAGCAGAUGAAACGUGAUCUGCGAGCGGUGAUUGAGAAGACGGCCAAUUUCCUCGGAAAACAGUACAGCUUGGAUGAGGUUGCCGAGCUAUCCAAACAUCUAUCGGUGGAAUCGAUGAGAAAAAACAAGUCAUGCAACAUGGAUGAUCUACUGGAAUGGGCCAGGACCACCAACUACAGCGAGGAGCGUAAGAAGCGGGUCGAUAAUGGUUUUAGGUUCAUCCGCAGUGGAAAUGUGGGGACGUAUAAACAGGACAUGAGCGACGAGUACAUCGAACGCUUCGAGAAGUACGAGCAACGUAUUACUAAGGAAAGUGGAUUCGAUUUCUACUUCUAAACACUUUUUAGAGGUUUGGGAAGCAAUUCACACAGCACCAGCAUCAUAAAAUCAAUAAAAAGGAUUUCUAGAAUACAGGUAACGGUAAUAAAAGAAG